AUGGGACCUAAUCGGCAGCGAAUCGUUUGGAUCGGCAUGAUCUUGUACAAUUUACUGCUGCCGGCUUCCGCGGGCCCGAUAAGCGAUUAUCCGCCGCAGACGACGAAGCUGCUGAGCAUGAGGCACUUGCCGUGCGCGUCACGAAGCACCGGCGAGAUCGGCGCCUGCAUGUUCGCCACCGAUUGCGCCAGAAAUAACGGCACCCAUCUCGGCAUGUGUCUCGAUUACUUCUUCAUCGGCAGUUGCUGCAAAAUCGACGACAAAACGACGACGACGACGACGACGGAAGGCAGCAGCAUCUUCGAGAGCAACGACAUCUCCGGCAACGUCGACAGAGUGGACCCGAUUACGGGCGACAAGAAGAAGUACAACAAGCCGCCGACUCACGACGCCGACACUCACGAUGACAACGGCGGAAUUAACCGAAUUACGGAUUCCGAAAAGUCCGGUGAAACUCCGGCAGCUACAACGAGUCCUACAUUCACGGGCGACGACGACGGCUUAGAAACGGAGACGACGACGACUAUCGGCAGCGCCGAGAUUGAAGAUUACACGACGAUUAUUGCCCCAACGUCAGGAGGAGGAAACGAAAUCGAAAGUGGAGCAAUCUCAACGACGACAACAACUGAGUCAGUAGUGGCGUCGACGACGAUCGGUGAAACUACCGUGAAUUCGGACGACGCGUUCGCGACGAAUAUUAAUCCUGAAAUUACGACCGAUAAGAUUUCGAGCACUUCUGAAAAUGCAUUCGUGACGCUUUCGACGACGACGACGACGACGACGAGUGAAAAAAGUCCAGAAAUGCCAGUCAGCGGUAGCACCGUUUCGACGAGUGAAAGCACGCCGGGAUUAGCUGGAUUUACUACCACUACAACAACCACAACAACGGAAACGUCGUGGCUGAAUCCAUCGGAUGCGGAACUACCGUCGAUAAAUAUGAGCGAUUACAAAGAUGUUUGCGGUCGACGACUGUAUCCUCAGCAGCCGACAGCUCGAAUCAUCGGCGGCGAGGAGGCCACCUUCGGCAAGUGGCCUUGGCAGGUCUCGCUGCGUGUCUGGGUGAAGCGCGAGCAGACCUACAAGCACAAGUGCGGCGCCUCCCUGCUCAACGAGAACUGGGCCAUCACCGCGGCCCACUGCACCUACAACAUCGCGCCGGAUCUGCUGCUCGUCCGUAUCGGCGAGUUCGAUUUCGAGAGGCAGGACGAGCCGCUGCCGUAUGAGGAGCGCGCCAUCAGCAUGGUGAUCGAGCACGAGGGAUUCAAGCGCAGCACCUUCGAGAACGACGUGGCGCUGAUGAGAUUUUGGCAGCCCGUGGACGAGUUCAGGCCGAAUGUAGUGCCGAUCUGUCUGCCCGACGACGACGACGAUUACGUGGGCAGGACCGCGUGGUCGACCGGCUGGGGACGACUCAUCGACGAAUAUGGGCCGCUGCCGUUCGUGAUGCAGGAAGCCGCCCUCAAGGUGAUGAGCAAUCGUCGCUGCGAGGCCAUGUACAAGAGCGCCGGCUACGACGAGUCCGUGCCCGGCAUCUUCAUCUGCGCCGGCGGCGAGGGUGGAGUCGAUUCCUGCGAGGGCGACAGCGGAGGUCCGCUGGUGGUGCAGCGUCCGCGCGACGGCCGCUGGGUGCUCGCGGGCAUCAUCAGCUGGGGCAUCGGCUGCGCCGAGCCCAAUCAGCCGGGCGUCUACACGCGCGUCUCCGCGUUCCGCGACUGGAUCCGACAGAUGAUGUUCUAG